AGAAGACGCUCUCCGAAGCGUCAUUUCCGGUUUAGAGAAAAGCUACCGGACAACAAAAUGGAAGGAAAAAACAACAAUCUCGACGACUUGGACUCUCGGCUUCAGGUUCUUGAAAAACGCGUUUAUGGCGAAAGAGGAGGAAAAACCAACAAGCCAGUGAAGUGUGCUGAAUCACUCACAAGAACCAGUACUGCUCUGGCAAACACCGCAAACAAGAGAGAGCGUGUCAAGAUCCUUCACAAGAAAAUUGAAGAUUUGCUGAAGUAUUUGGACCCCCAGUUCACAGACUUCAUCGCUGUGCCAGAUGCAAUGAAAUUAGAGUUUAUUCUAGCAGAGGAAGAGUUUUUGCGUUCUCAGGCCACAUUAUUGGAGCAGGUGCACAAUCUGCAGCCUCUUCUGGACAGCAACCACAUUAAAGCGGUUCCAGAGCUGACCACGAAAGUGCAGCGGUUGUCACAAGUCCACAUUAAACAACAGGACCAGAAUGAAGAAUUAUCUGCUGAAGUGAAGAGGCUGUUUGAAGAAUACAACAAAAUGAUGUUUCUCUUAUCAAAGCAGUUUUCACAGUGGGAUGAAACUCUGCGGAAGCUGGAAGGACCCAAGCAAGGCCAGCAGAUAGACUAGGAUGCUAAUGCUUAGAUUGAUGGCUUGUUGUAAAAUCUUGCAUUUUUCACAAUUCAUCACCGAUAUGAUUAAUUAAAACAGCACUGUCAUUCCUAAACGUACCUUGUUAUAAGUAAGUGUUGUUUAAGGUCUUUGACCUCCCCUUAAUCUAAAUCUUGAGUCAUUAUGUACAAAUAUGGUCGUCUUACUGUGUUAUAAAUGAUUAUAUGCUCAUUACAUUUGUGUUUACAGAAACAUUUCUUUGCUUGGAAAAUGUAUUCCAACCAUUAUCCUCUAAUUAAACUCGUUUUGCUUUUUAA